GGUUGGGACCAAGGGCUGCCGUGUGAACGGCGUCUCGGCAGUGGAGCACAAGGUGGGGUGGGUUUUGGGGUCUGCCCCCAUCCCGCCCCAGGCAGCGCCGUCUCUCCUCCAUGUGGAGCCGGCAGCCACUCCAACCGGUUUAUGGGUCUGGGCGGUGACACCACGCGCCUGAGGCCUGAUGGAGGGCUGGGAAGAGCUGGUACAGACGCCAAGGAACAAACAAGAGCCGCUUGUGUCCUGCCGGGCAUGGAGCCCAGCAGCGGGGCAGGGACGGUGUGCUGCUCCCCCAGCACAGGGCCGCAGGGGGCUGGAGGGUGGACUGCUGCCGGAGCAGCCAAACCCACGAGCUGGGGGGAAACUGAGGCAUGAAACCGUGGAGGGACCCCAUCUGGGUGAUGGAGCAGGAGGUUGUGGCAGAGACAUCCUGAUGCCCGGACACUGGCUCUUCCCCUUCAGCAUCCCAGGCUGAGCCCCAGCAGCUUCCCUUGGCAUCUCCUGCCUGCCCACAGGCAGCAGUGGGAUGCACUCCUGCACCUGGGUGGCCUGAUGCCAGUCCCCUGUGUCCUCCUCUGUGGGAGCAGCCGGGAUAAUAAGUGUCAUCGCUGCGGGGAGAAAUGCAAGUGGAGGAAUCCCGGGAAACUGGUUUUACCCCUCCGUCUGGUGCUGGCGGCAGGACGGCGGCUGCGGCGGUGCUCCUCCCUCGGCAAAGGCAUAUAAUGCCUGCCAUGGUCCCGGCAGCCGGCACUGUGCUGUGGGAAGUGGGCAGGGGUGCAGGCAGCAAGCGAUGGCCUCCAUGGGGCUGCAGGUGCUGGGCAUUGCCCUCUCUGUCAUCGGCUGGUUGGCCUCCAUCCUCUGCUGUGCCCUGCCCAUGUGGCGGGAGACGGCCUUCGUUGGCAACAACAUCGUGACGGCCCAGAUCAUCUGGGAAGGACUGUGGAUGAACUGCGUGGUGCAGAGCACGGGGCAGAUGCAGUGCAAGGUCUACGACUCCAUGCUGGCCCUGCCGCAGGACCUGCAAGCCGCCCGCGCCAUGGUGGUAGUGGCCAUCGUCUUGGCCGUCCUGGGCACCCUGCUUGCCAUCGCCAGCGGCAAGUGCACCAGCUGUGUGGAGGACGACACCACCAAAGCCAAGGUCAUGAUCCUUUCCGGCAUCAUCUUCAUCGUUGCCGGCAUCCUCAUCCUCAUCCCCGUCUCCUGGUCGGCCAACACCAUCAUCCGGGACUUCUACAACCCGCUGGUCACUGAUUCCCAGAAGCGGGACCUGGGGUCGUCCCUCUACGUGGGCUGGGCGGCCUCCGUGCUCCUGCUGCUGGGGGGGGGGAUCCUCUGCUGCACCUGCCCCCCCCAGGGUGAGAAGCCAUACUCUGCCAAGUUCACAGCUGCUCGCUCGCUGCCAGCCAGCAACUACGUCUAGGAGCCGCUGCACCUGCCUGGACCCCCCCAAGACACACCAGGGAGCUGGGACAUCCCGGGGUGCCCCUGGCCCCCCCCGGCCGGGCUGGGGGCUGGCCGGGAGCCGGGGCAGGGAGGGCUGGGCGCUGGGGUGGUGCAAGGGGGGGGGCAGACAGAGCUGCCUUUGUUCACUGGGGGAUUGAAGCUGGUUCUUUAAUCUCGGUUGAGACGGGGAACAGGGAGAUCCUGUCCUGGCUGCCCCCCCCCCCCGGAGGGGGUCCUGCUCGCCCUGGAGCACCCAGCCGUGGCAUUUUCUCCAAAAAACCACCCGAUCCCCACCCAGAGCAUCUGCUGGCUCCCAGUAUUGGGGUGUGCCGCAUGGUGAUGCAGCUCCCAGCGCUCCCGGGGGCCUGUCCUGCAGGUGGCAUGGGGCUCUCGCCAGGUAAAACCCCCCAGGACGCAUCCAUCGGGGUGGGCAAUGGUGCUGGUGGGGACACCAAACCUGUCCCAUGCGGUCAUGGGGUCGUGGCGGAUCUGCAAGCCGCAGCAGGGUCUUGAGGGGCAGCGGGGGCUCUCACCUGCCUGUACCCUAAAUUUUGACUUUGACCUACUUUUGGGGCUUGGAGUGGCUGUACAAAUGUGUGAUUUCUCGUGGCAGCUCCCCGGGGCGGGGGCGUCAUUAUCCUGGGAGUGGGAAGGCAGCGGCUGGGCUGGGAGAACCGGUCGGGGAGGCGGGAGCAGGACUGUGCACCUGCAUGGAGGGGGGGGUGGCUCCCGGACCCGACCCCAUCCCCUUGGGUGCACCCAUCCAUGGUCCCCCUCAGCAACCACCCGAGCGGGGUGCCCGGGCCAGGGGCAGGAGGAGGUGGCUCGCGGUGGCCCCCCCCAGCUGUGCUGCCAUCCAUCCCCACGUCUCAGCCUUCCCACAUUAAACGGCAGCUGCUCAGA